UCUAAUACUGUAUAUUAGUUUUUGAUGUUUAUUGUUAUUUGGUUUAACUUUAUUACUUACUUAUAAUAGGUUUACUUUACAACUUUAUAUACUAAGACAAAGUUAACAAUAAUCCUCAUACCGGGUACCGCAUUGUUUUCUUGAUUUUCAGAAUUCAUAACUUUUUUUCUGUCACCCCUCCAUUACCCCCCAAAAAUGGUUAAAUUACCCCCAGGGGGUAAUUUACCCCCAGUUUGGGAACCACUGGUCUAAAUGAAGAUGGUUUGGUUAGAGGAGAAAUGUUUUCUGUGGGUUGACAGCAUCAGUAUGGGUGAGUACUUAGGGCAGGUCAGUAGAGGGGUGCCACAGGGAUCAUCUAUCGGAUCAGUGGCAUCAGUGCCAGAGAGUACGACAAGGAUCAUCUCUUGGAUCAGUGGCAUCAUUUCCACAUGGAUCAUCUCUCGGAUCAGUGACAUCAGUGCCAGAAGAAUGCCACAUGGAUCAUUUCUUGGAUCAGUGGCAUCAAUGCCAGAGAGUGUCACAAGGAUCAUUUCCUGGAUCAGUGGAGAGACAAAAAGACCUCUACAUCUGACGACAGUAGAGAACAGAAGGAUCAGCAAAGACAUGAUUACGACAUGCAAAAUACUCAGAGGCAAAAAACAGGUACAAGAGAGAACAACUUGAAGCUAAAAGAUAGACACGAGCUACAGGAAUGUCAGGAAGCGCUUGUUUAGCUUAGGAUGGUUAGAAAGUGGGAAGACCCUGAAUGGUGAAUUAGACUCUUUACACAGCUUUAAGAAGAGGUAUGACAGGACCCCACGAUGUUGAUAGAAAGCGACCCUUAUAAUGGUCAGUUAUGAGGCAGAGUAAGGUGCGGAGACUCGACCCUAGUAACCCAAAGAAAAGGAAGUACAGAAUUGACAGAACAACCUUAGACUCUUUCUUGAUUACCUUUGUUAUAAUUCCCUGAUUACCUUUGCAUUACCUCUCCUAUUACCUUAUUUCUUAGUAUUACCUCGAUUACCUUACAUUCUACGCAUCUCCUCACAAACUAAUUCCUUGUUCGUUACGCAAAGUAAUCAGCGUUAUGACAUUCCUUGGUAACUGCUCGCUGUUGCUUUGAGCAGUGAGGGAGACUGUGAUCAUUCUCGUGGUUCAUGGAUGAUGAAGUUUAAGUGAAUUUAUUCUUGUAUUAAGUGAAUUUAUUCUGUCAGUAAAUACGGUAAGGCACAAAUAUGGAUGUAAUAAGAAUGUUAGAGAAAUGUGUUUCAGUUGCUGGUAAUUUAGUUGCAAUGGGUUACAGGAAGUGUUUUUUGACUCUUGUUUUUAUUUCAGACGUUUUUAUGAGAGGACCAAGUGUACGAAAUCCAAGAUGAUGGCUUUCUCGGUGAAUGCUAUUAGCUUCAUCUUCUUCCUCCUGAUGGCGAAGCCAGCCUUCGUCAAGAAUGUCGUCCAUGCUACUGGUGAAGGAAAUUCUGCAAGCAGCACUAGCAGCAGCAUUAGGAUUCUUCUUGAGAACAAACUCUUGUCGCAGCUGCUGGAGGCUGCUGGAACAAGGAAUCUCAAAGCGACACUGCUCGGCACUUCACUCUUAGGGAAGCUCGUUGUUGGGGAUGACAGAGAGGUCGCUCUUGAUGAGAUCAAGUCCUUCCUGCUGAAAGAACUGCCAGACUUCGAGGUGGUGAGCAACAUGGUGACAGAUGGAUUCGGGGUUAACAACGACGUCCUGAAACCUUUCAUGAAAAUUGUAAACAAGAUGAGUAAGCUGAGCAAGAGGAAGCCAUCGAAGGCCAAGAAUGUAGUCGAAUCCGUCCUGGAAUUUGUCGAUCAUUAUGUGAACCCAAAUGAAGCAGAGACGAGCGAGGAAUCCGUCGAUGAUGUUACCAGCGAAGGGCCUCAUGACAACACCUUCGACUACGCUAGUGACAUCAAGAUGCACUUCGUCAAUGCUGCCAAGGAGCUGUUAGAGAGCAAGUUUGGUAGUAACUUGACCUCCGCCAUCGCUUCCUCGGAAGGUGAGAUCCCAACAGAUAUGUCAAGACUCAACAUGACCAGAUCCAGUACAUGGAUGAUCAUCAAGUCGACCUGGCAGCGCCUCUUGGCCUAUGUCAGGGAAGAAAACUCGAUGGAGAGCUUCAUGCAGCUGACACCAGUCAAGGCCAUAGACCGCAUUUUAAGUCUUGGAGACGAUGUCAGUCUCGCUAACUUCUUGACCAAGAAACUGGACCCGGACUUCGCUGAGUUUCUUGCAGAAGAGAUCAACCCGUACUUCGGUCCCCUCCGAGACUUCAACAGCUUUUACAACUUCACCAGAGACAAUGGAUUCAGCGGGAUCAUUGACUACUUCAAAUCCGAGAAAUUCAGCUACACUAUAAAUGUCAUAUCACGGUUCAUCUCCGCCUACCUCGAAGACGCGGUGUCGGACGAGGUAGUAAAUCAAUACAUAGAGUUUAUCUCCUUCAACAACACCGAGCUUCACAACUUUUACAAGUCCGUUUUAAGGAGCCAAGACAGGAUCGCAAACACUGACGUAUUCGACCGAACUGUCACAAAUGACUCCGCUUCAUCUGUUACGAACGUAACUCUGCGUUACAAAAGAAACGUGUUACAGGACAUCGUCACUAGCCACAAGCUGGACGAAAUUUCCGGUCAAUUCAGCUCUGAAGUGACUACUGAAGACUUCGGAAGACAGAUUCAGCGGUAUGGCGCGAUGAGAACAUCUAACACUGCCCUGUAUGACCCUGCCAGGGAUGGUAUGUAUGGUGGUGGUGGUGGAGGAUACGGCGGUGGGGGAGGAUACGGUACCAUGAACAUGAACUCCCUAGACCCGUACGUCACCCUGGGCUCCCUAGCACUGGGUACCAUCCUGGGGUUCUUGCUGUACCGAGCUCUGAGAGGGACGCGCAGGAGGGGCAGGCGAGACAUCGGCGAUGGUUCUCUGUCGUUAUGGUUGUCAGAUAUCCCAGAUAGAGUACUCUCGUGGGGCGCCAGCGUCGAUCUGGUGAAGGAAGAUGCUCAUAACUUCAACAAGACUGGACAGGAAGAGUUCAACUUACCGGAUUCCCUGAGGGGCGACUUGUGGUCCACUGACCCCUUAGUAGGAGACAACCUACUGGACAACCAGCUGGAGGAGGACGAUAUGGCUGACCACCUGAACCAGCUGUGGAGGGUAUACAAACACAGUAAUGAGACCACUUGCGUCCACUCCCACCUGUGUGGAAUGAUGACAAACAGCACAACAGAGCACCUCACUGGCAGAGACUCCAGCGUUGCUCUUCUUAUGGCCUCGAUAAGUAAUCUGAUGGGCGUGGUAGGGUCAGGUCAGCUGCUGGAUGACGUGGCUAACAGCCUGGUAGUAGGUGACCUCUUCACCUGCCCCACCUUCACCACCACCUGCCAUCACCACCUCCUCUAGGUACCUGAUGGGCCGACAACCUGACGAUCUGGCUAUCUUAUGACCUGGAAGCUUCAGACCUGGCAACUUGACGAUCAGUUGGCUGCCUGCCAGACCUGGCAACCUUGACGAACUAUUGACAGCGGCAAAUACUGAUCUGCCUACCUGACCUGGUAACAUGACUUGACUGUCUACUGAACCUGGCACUGUGACGACCUGACAAACUACUGACCUGGAAACCUGAAGAAGUAAUGACCGGGUGACUCUAAAGAACUAGAAAACGCGACAGACUUUAGAGAACGAAGAACUUAAAAACAGGAAAGAAUAACAAGAAAACAGAAAAAAUAUACACUCACAAACACACACACACACAUACGUCCCUCUAAUGGAAAGUAAACACCAACGGUUCAGGAUGAUGUAGAAUGUAUAGAAGCGUCGUAGUCUCUACAAUAGAGAGGAAAACAACAUGGAUGCAGGAUAGGGUCUCCCUGGGACAACGUCUCGCUCUGUGUGUUAGCUUCCUACACAGGGCGAAAGAUGCGUCUUAUCUUCGCAAGUAUAAAGGAACGUGACGAGCGAUGUGUAGUCAGGAAACCGUUCUGGAACAUUUCCCCAAUCAAUCAGUGACUUUUAAAAGAAGGAGAACUUGAACAAGAGAUAGUAGACGAAAACUGAACAAGGGAACGUAGACGAAAACUGAACAAGGGAACGUAGAC